AUGGCAGAAAACCGAGGAGCCGUCCAGACGGAGCUGGACCCCGUGGAGUACACCCUUCGGAAGCGGCUUCCCCCCCGCCUGCCCCGGAGGCCCAAUGACAUCUACGUCAACAUGAAGACUGAUUUCAAGGCCCAGUUGGCCCGCUGCCAGAAGCUGCUGGACGGAGUGGGGCGAGGUCAGAACGCUUGCUCUGAGAUCUACAUUCACGGCUUGGGCCUAGCCAUCAACCGCGCCAUAAACAUCGCGCUGCAACUGCAGGCAGGCAGCUUUGGGUCACUGCAGGUGGCCGCCAACACCUCCACCGUGGAGCUGGUGGAUGAGCUGGAACCAGAGACAGAUACACGCGAGCCGCUAAUCCGCAUCCGCAACAACUCGGCCAUCCAUAUCCGGGUCUUUAGGGUCACACCCAAGUAA